AUGGACGCCUUCGCGACGACCCUCGCGGCGCGCUUCUACUCCUCCGCCCCUGCGGCCCAGACCAAGAUGCAGACCAACCCGACCCUGCUGGUGAGUUGGUGGGCGACGGGGUUCUCCCUGGCCAUCAUCUUCGUGCGGCUCUUCGGCAGAUAUAUCCGCACCGAACGACUCUUCGCGGAAGAUUGGGUGAUGGCGUUGAGUAUCCUGCCGCUGCUGAUCCGUAUGGGCUUCGUGCAUGUCGUGCUGCUCUGGGGCACCAAUAAUGCUGUGACGACUGGGCUGUCGGAUGAAGAUCUGUACCGUCGGGAGAUUGGGAGCAAAAUGGUGAUUGGAGCGCGCAUUUUCUAUGCGUUGUUCAUCUGGACAGCUAAAUUCACUGUCACUUCGUUCUUCAAACGCCUCAUCGCCCAGAUCUGGAGACGCUCCUUUCAACAUGUCCUCCUUGUCAUCCGCUACUAUCUGGCCUUCUCCUUUCUGGCCGUCCUGAUUGCUAUCUUUACCGAAUGUCAGCCGUUCUACCAUUACUGGCAGGUCGUGCCUGAUCCUGGGCCCCAGUGUCGCCAGAGCUAUGCUCAGCUGAUCACUAUGGGCGCCUGUGCCGUGAUGGCCGAUCUGCUGCUGGUCGCCUUUCCCAUCCCGAUUAUCUAUCUCUCGGCGAUGCCGACCAAGCGCAAAGUUUCACUGACACUGCUCUUCGGCCUAUCCUUGAUCCUGGUCGCUAUAACCUGCUACCGCGUUACGUCUGUAAUAUCCCGCCAAGGAUCGCAGCAGUACCGCUCUCUGAUCGCUUCGCUUGAAAUUCUUGCUGCGUCGGCUGUUUCGAAUGCCAUCGUGAUUGGCUCCUUUGUUCGAGACCGCGGGCUGAAAAAGCAAAAAUUCAAAGCCGGGUCCCUGAGCGAGAGCAUCGAGCAGUCGUCGUCGCGCCGCGCGACUAUCACGCACCAUCAUUGGGGCAGCGACGCCGACCUGGUGGGCGAUCUGGGCAUCCGCCUGGACCCCGAACUGCGCUCCCCCAGCUACCAGAAGAUCCGCCCGGCGCCCAUGGCUCUGCCGUCCGCCCAUCUGGCCAAGCGCGGGUCGAUCGAUCCAAACUGGCAAUUCUCUUUCUCCAAGUCUACUGCCGAUGACGAUCGUACGUCCGCUUCUGAUAGCCUGGGUGGUCUGAAGGUGCAUCCUCACGAGUAUAUAGAAACCAAUUUCCAUCCGUCUCCGAAAGACGCCACCAUGCCCCCGCCGUCCUAUCUCUCGCUGUCCAAGGUCUCUCUGAACGACGUUGGCGGCCUCCUCGACCCUCCCUCGCCCACAGACCUGACCUGCAACUACCCACCCUCAUCUCACCCCUAUAUGAACUCCCACGACCAACGCGGCCGCUCUAACCCCGUAAACGGCCUCAUCUCACCCUCCCCCACGUACGCCGGCUCCUCUCAGUCCUCACUCAGUCGCACGCCCACGCACAACGUGCGAAAUUUCUCUCGUCCAUCCACCGCCCAUUUCGCCGGUCGCGUCAACAGCGCUGACACUUCUUCAAACCCGCCUAGCCCCACUGACACCCGCCAAUGGAGCGCGCGGGAGCCGAAUCGCUCACCGGACUCCGACAAUAUGCCGGAACUGCAGGAUCUGGGAGGCCUGUUGAGGAGAGAUAACGACCUUGAGCGUAACGACCACCCACCUCCACGGCCACCUACUACUUAG